AUGGGAGUGAAACGACAGAAAGCGGCGAACCAACACCAAGAGCUAAACGUAGAAGUACACGGACCACAACAACGUUAUAAAAAAUCUAAAAUUUUAGAAGAAGAGUUGGAGCAUACAGAGUUUCGAUUCCCGGAAUGGAUUAUGGCGCAAAAUCCACCAUACCUGACAUGCGAAAAUGUCCUCGAAUAUUUCGCGCAAUCACCAUUCUGGGAUCCUCAUUCUGCCAAUGCAAACUUGAAAAUGCAGUCUCAGUUCAACAAGUUGUUGCGAAAUAAAUCAACUGAAGAGUUGUUAAAAAAAAUUACAGGACUCCAAUUUAUGGUGCAUCCAGAGAAGUCGAAACCGCCCAAUUUGUUUAUAAUACAGAAGAUAGAUAGAAAGAACAAAGACGAUUUUGCAAUACUUCAAACAUAUUAUUGUAUAAAUGCGAGAAUAUAUCUGGCUCCAAGUUUUUAUAACGUGAUGGCAAAUCGAACUAUGACUAGUAUGAAACACAUACAUACGGCAUUCAAUGCCAUAUAUGACACAGUCGAAUUUCAUCCUGCCACCGGGUAUUCAUACAAAGGCCAAGAUGAAUCUUUAGCGCUGGGAAAUAAUCCAAUGCUCGAAAUAGAACCCAAAGAAUCAUUACAAUUUCAAAAUGAUUUUAUGAAUUCUAUGAAUUACGCAUUUGCGCGCACACAACAAAAGUGUGGAUUGCAAACUAAUAGGUUUGGUAGGGAGUUGAGUGAUAUGUCGGUUUUUGAGGAAGAAGAGAUUUCGAAUCUGUCGCAAACACCUGGUGAGGAGCUGUCGGAGACUGCUACGCCUGAAACACCAACAACUCCUACAACACCUGGGAGGAAAGAGCGCAAAUCCAAAAAGAUACAUCGUCACAAGAAGAGCGAUGAAACUGCAAAUAUUAAGGAUGAAAUUUCAAAACCGAAAAAGAAGAAAAAAACGCUAAAACGUGAAAAACAAGAUGAUACCGACCUUACAGACGACAAAACUCCGAAUGAAUCUUCUUCAUCCUCUAAAACACCAACGAAUCCAUCACAAGAAACUACUCCCCGGCAAACUUCGGAUCAAACCGCUAGUACUACUUCCUCGGUGCAUAUCAACGUAGCGACUUCUCUACCACUUCAAUUUUCCUCUAAUUUGGUAUUGCCUCAACUUCCACAACAUCAAAUCUCUUCUUCCCACCGAGCUCAAUCUUUGAAUCUUAACUUCAGCAACAAUAGUAGUAUCAUUUUUGGAUCGGGACAACAAAUACAACAAGAUCCACAAAAUCAGAUUUCAAGAAAUUUUAAUGAGCAAAGACAAGAAAAAAUGCAAUGGGAAGCAUUGCAAUUCGAUUUUAUUGGAGAGCAUAAUUGGGAUUUUUCAACUGACUUGUCGGAUGCUGAUGCUGCUUUACUUGCGUCCUUACAGUUGCCUGAUAGUGAUCAAAUGUUUCAAAAUGAUAAUAAGUAUUGA